CUCUCUCUCUCAAAUGGAUGGUAUUCAAGGCUCGCCGGGAAGCUCGAUGCACGGAGUGACUGGCAAAGAGCAGACCUUUGCCUUCUCCGUGGCCUCCCCGGCCGUCCCGACCGACCCCACGGCCAAGUUUGCUCUCCCCGUGGACUCCGAGCACAAGGCCAAGGUCUUCAAGAUCCGCUCCCUCGCCAACCCCCACAUGAGAACGUUUCACCUGUCCUGGAGCUCCUUCUCUGUCUGCUUCGUCUCCACUUUUGCCGCCGCCCCCCUUGUGCCCAUCAUCCGCGACAACCUCAACCUCACCAAGGCCGACAUCGGCAAUGCCGGGGUUGCCUCAGUCUCUGGCAGCAUCCUGUCCAGGCUAGUCAUGGGCGCCGUCUGCGACCUCCUCGGCCCCCGCUAUGGCUGUGCCUUCCUCAUCAUGCUUACCGCCCCCACCGUCUUCUGCAUGUCCCUCGUCUCUAACGCCGGCGGCUACAUUGCCGUCCGCUUCAUGAUCGGCUUCUCCCUCGCCACCUUCGUCUCGUGCCAGUACUGGAUGAGCACAAUGUUCAACAGCAAGAUCAUUGGCCUUGUCAACGGCACCGCCGCCGGCUGGGGCAACAUGGGCGGCGGCACAACCCAGCUGAUCAUGCCCCUGGUCUACGAGGUGAUCCGGAGGGCCGGCGCAACACCCUUCAGUGCCUGGAGGAUCGCCUUCUUCAUCCCCGGUUGCCUUCAUGUGAUCAUGGGGAUCUUGGUACUUACUCUUGGCCAAGACCUGCCUGACGGGAAUUUGGGCACACUGCAAAAGAAGGGCGAUGUUGCCAAGGAUAAGUUCUCCAAGGUUUUGUGGUAUGCUGUUACGAACUAUAGGACAUGGAUCUUUGUUCUGCUCUAUGGCUACUCCAUGGGUGUCGAGCUAACGACCGACAAUGUCAUCGCCGAGUACUUCUAUGACCGGUUCGAUCUUCAACUCCACACUGCUGGAAUAAUUGCUGCUUCGUUCGGGAUGGCAAACUUAGUGGCUCGUCCAUUCGGUGGAUUUGCUUCGGACUAUUCAGCCAGAUACUUCGGCAUGAGAGGCAGAUUGUGGGUGCUUUGGAUCCUCCAAACUCUAGGUGGAGUCUUCUGCAUCUGGCUCGGCCGUGCUAACUCGCUCCCGAUCGCCGUCCUGGCCAUGAUCCUUUUCUCUGUCGGAGCUCAAGCAGCGUGCGGGGCGACGUUCGGGAUCAUCCCCUUCAUUUCCCGCCGGUCCCUGGGCGUCAUAUCGGGUCUUACCGGCGCGGGAGGGAACUUCGGGUCCGGACUGACCCAACUGGUCUUCUUUGCGAGCUCAAGCUUCUCCACGGCGACCGGCCUCUCCCUCAUGGGGGUCAUGAUCGUGUGCUGCACGCUGCCAGUGACCCUGGUGCACUUCCCGCAGUGGGGGAGCAUCUUCUUCCCGCCGUCAAAUGACAUAGCAAAGUCCUCGGAGGAGUUCUACUACGGGUCCGAGUACGAUGAGGAGGAAAAGCGCAAGGGCAUGCACCAAGGGAGCCUCAAGUUUGCCGAGAACAGCCGCUCCGAGCGCGGGAGGAAGGUCGCCUCCGCCCCGUCCCCAUCCGGGUCGACCCCAUCGCACGUCUAGGAAUUUUCCCAAAGGAA